AUGCCGCAGCGCGCCCGUGCCCGCACUGGCGCACGCCGGGGGCUGCCCUGCGCGGCCGUGUGCCUGGCGCUGCGCUGGGGCGUGGCCACCGCGGAGGCAGAGCGGCAGAGAGCUGCCGAGGCCGCGGGCUUCGCAGAGGCGGCACCCGAGAUCUUCGCGCUCGCCGCGGAUGAUGUUCGGGGUUGGCGUAGCUUGAUCUCCGCUAUGGUCAAGCCAGCGACGUAUCACGUGCCACACAGGAGGCACGCGAAGAACACGCUGAACGAGUCGAUGGCGGAUUUCCGUCUCGGUGCCGGGUCCCUGCACGGCGCCCUGCUGGACGCGGACGUGUUGGCUCUGUUCGGAGACCAUCUCAGCGCCAGCCGCGAGAUGUUGCUCGAGUGCGGAGGCGGGCCGUGCUUCAAGGCGCCGCUGCGGAGCGCCACGGGGCAGGCCUGCACAGUGGGGAUCACGCCCGGGCGGCCGACUUGCGAGACGGCCGACCCGGAGCUCUGCUUCCAGACCCUGAUGCCUCUGUUGCAGCGCGCCGUGGUGCAAGCUCAGAAGAGGCUGCAAGAGCUGCAGACGAAGCUGCGGGCCGCAGAGCUCGCCAAUUCCGCACAGGCUCCGCAGCUGCUGUGGCAGUCGCGCGCGCCGCCCCGGAGUGGCCACGCUCUCGCCGCCAAUCGCUUGGUGGACGAGCUGCUCGGCUUCUUCCUGGCCGUGCUCGAGCGAAUGGACUACAACCCCCGCCUCGCGGCCUGCCUCGGGACCCCUGUCGGCCAGGAGAUCCGGAAAGCGGUGGUGGCUGCCCUGGAGCACCGAGACGUGGUGGAGAGACAGUUGCGGGCGCUCCGCUGGAAUUUGGCCACAAAGAGCUUGGUAGAGGGCCGCCACGGUUGGCACUCCAUGUUCAGCAGGAUGGCCUCCGAGGUGAGCGAGCAGGCGCAUUGGCUCGUCUGGCGCCUGCUCCAGCUGCCGGUCCACGUCCAGCUCUUGCGUGACCAGCGCGGCCAGGCAGAGGCGUUGCGGCUGUUGCCGACGGAGCUGGAGGAGGGCGCCGAGCAGGAGUACGGACUCCUGGCGCGCGAGGCGAUGUACAUGGGCGCUGCGUUCGACUCGGCGGAGCCCGACCGUGGGCUGCUGCGCUUCAUGCUGGCCGAGGUGCUCCGCAAGGGGGACCGCGUCUGCGACCUGGGCGCAUUCGUCGGGCGCUACGCGGCGUGGCUGAACGACACUGGUCUGGUGACGGCCCACGCCUACGAUGCGGCCCCGGGAAUCGAGCAGCACACGCAGGGCCGCGUGAGGCACGCCAACUUGGUGGAUCCUUCCCUGGACGUCGGGCAGUGCGACGUGUCCCUGUGCCUGGAGGUCUUGGAGCACAUCUCCAAGCAGGGCGAGGCCCCUGCACUGCGCAACCUCGGCAGGCAUUCGGGGCGUGCACUUGUGGCGAGCUGGGCGUUGCCAGAUACACCCGCUGUGGGCCACGUCAACACCAAGUCCGCCGUGGAGUCCAGGGAGGCCAUCGAGAGGGCGACGGGCCUGAGGCAGGACGAGACCCUGACCCGGGCUGCGCGGGCAGCGUCGGAGGUCAGCUGGAUCAGGGAGUCCGUGGCGGUGUUCCUGCGCCACUAG